AUGGGCAGAGACUAUUUGGAUGAUCUCAUGUAUUACAACUUAGAUAAAUGGUGCAAAAGGUACUUCAAAGAGCACAGCAAGUGUGAUUCAGUGGACAACAACAUGGCUGAGAGUUUUAACAACUGGAUAUUGGCUGCAAGAUACAAAACAAUUAUCACAAUGCUAGAAGAGAUUAGGGUGAAGAUGAUGAAAAGAAUUGGUAAGUUGAGAGAGUUUUCAAAUACAUGGAUCACUGAUAUAUCUUCCAUGUCUCUCAAGACUCUACAAGAAAACAUUAACAAGUCAAUGAAGUGCAUUUUGUCUUGGAAUGGUGAAAGGGGUUUUGAAAUUAAAGAUCCUUGGGGCUGUACACAUUGUGUUGACAUUGUUAGGCAGACCUGUAGUUGCAGAUCUUGGCAACUGAAGGGUAUACCUUGUUCCCAUGCAGUUGCUGCCCUACACUACAAGAGAUUAGAGCCAAUCCAUUAUGUAGCUAGCUGCUAUAACAAGGAUACCUAUCUGAGCACAUAUGCCCAUUUUAUUCAGCCAAUGAACAACAUGAAUAUGUGGCCAAUAUCAAAUAAUCCAAGAGUAGAACCACUAGUAAUCAGACAGAUGCCUGGACGACCAAGCAAAGCUAUAAGGAAGGAGGCUCAUGGAAGCAAAAACACUGGAAAACUUAGCAGAAGAGGCUAA